GCACUUCCUUCCAGCACCUCCCAGCGCCGGCGAACCAUUCCUCCAGCACCACCUCGCGGACAGAUAGGCCCUAACUCGGUAUCCUCUUUGCUGCUCUUUUGCAGCAAGUCUUUGAAAUCUCAGUGGUAGCCACUGCCGCAUCUCCAAAUUAACAGUUUUGGAUUUGUUGAAAUGCCUUCCAUGGCUAAGGGAAGCCAUGGCCCUUGUUCUACCGGAAAAUUCUCUAAUGGAAAACAGAAUCGUCAAACUGAGUUCUCUGCACGGAGGCAAAAGAUAGCACAGCAGAGGAAGUCUCUCCCGAUAGCUUCUGUUGAGAAAAGACUCAUUGAAGAGGUCCAAAAGAAUGAUAUUUUGAUUAUCGUUGGAGAAACAGGAAGUGGGAAAACCACACAGAUUCCACAGUUCCUGUUUGGUGCUGGAUUUUGCCGUGAUGGAAAAGUGAUUGGGAUAACUCAACCGAGACGUGUAGCUGCCAUUACAGUUGCAAAACGGGUUGCUGAAGAAUGUGGUGUUGAGUUGGGCCAGAAAGUUGGGUACUCUGUUAGAUUUGAUGAUACUACUUCCAGCUCAACAAGAAUUAAAUAUAUGACAGAUGGAUUGCUUCUAAGGGAAGCAUUGUUGGAUCCAUAUCUUUCCAAGUAUUCUGUUAUAAUUGUUGAUGAAGCACAUGAGAGAACUGUCCACACUGAUAUCUUGCUGGCCUUGCUAAAAAAUGUACAAUCUGCUCGGUCAAGAUCUGUUGCUGAUGAUCAGGGCAUUAACUUUGGAAAAAAGAAUGUGAAUGUUGGCAUGUCACUGGAGAAAGAAUACGGUGGUCAGAGCAGCAGUUUUCUUAAAAAGGAUAACCACGACAAGUAUGCUCCAUUGAAGCUAAUAAUUAUGUCUGCUAGUCUUGAUGCUCGCACUUUCUCCGAAUAUUUUGGCAGUGCCAAAUCUGUUCAUAUCCAAGGGAGACAAUUUCCUGUGGAUAUAUUUUACACAUUGCAUCCAGAAGAAGACUAUUUAGAUGCUUCCUUGAUAACAAUAUUCCAGAUUCAUUCAAAGGAGGGCCCUGGUGAUAUACUAGUAUUUCUUACUGGUCAAGAAGAGAUUGAAUCAGUUGAAAAGCUUAUCAAUGACAGACUCACUCAGUUUCCUGAAGGGAGUCAGAAGCUUCAAGUUGUGCCUAUAUUUGCAGCUCUUCCAUCUGAGCAGCAGUUGCGGGUCUUUGCACCAGCUCCGUCUGGGUUUCGCAAGGUGAUAUUGGCAACUAAUAUUGCUGAGACAUCAGUAACAAUUCCUGGAGUAAAGUAUGUAAUAGAUCCUGGCUUUGUCAAAGCACGUUCUUAUGAUCCUGGAAAAGACAUGGAAUCUUUGAUUAUAGUACCUACAUCCAAAUCCCAGGCACUGCAAAGAAGUGGCCGUGCAGGGCGUGAAGGACCUGGAAAAUGCUUUCGUCUAUAUCCAGAAAGUGAAUUUGAGAAGCUUGAGGAUUCGACAAAGCCAGAGAUUAAGCGGUGCAACCUAUCUAAUGUGAUUUUGCAGCUUAAGGCCUUGGGUGUUGAUGACAUAUUAGGGUUUGAUUUUAUUGAGAAACCUUCACGGACAGCGAUUAUCAAAUCAUUGGAACAGCUAUUUUCACUAGGUGCUCUAACAGAUGACUGUCAGCUCUCUGAUCCUGUUGGGCAUCAAAUGGCUCGGCUGCCGUUGGACCCUGUUUAUUCCAAAGCUCUUAUCUUAGCUAGUCAGUAUAACUGCUUAGAGGAGAUGUUGAUAACCGUAGCAAUGCUGUCUGUGGAAUCCAUAUUUUAUGCUCCUCGGGAAAAGCAAGUAGAGGCAAGAACUGCAAUAAAAUGCUUCUCUAGUCCGGAGGGAGACCACAUUACUUUGAUUAAUGUGUAUCGAGCAUCAAAUGAUUUCUUAGAGAAGAGAUCAAUAGAAAUGGGCAAAGCAAAAUUUGAAAAGGCUUUCAGAAAGUGGUGUAAGGAUAAUUUUAUUAGUAGUCGUUCUCUUAGACAUGCUCGUGACAUCCACAGGCAAAUUAGGGUACAUGCUGAACAAAUGGGGCUGAAUCUAGCUUCUUGUGGAGAUGAUAUGCUUCAGUACCGCAGAUGUCUUGCUGCUUCCUUUUUCCUCAAUGCGGCCGUAAAGCAGCCUGAGGGCACAUACAGGGCCUUGGCAAGUGGGCUGGUGGUGCAGAUCCACCCAUCUUCUGUAUUAUUCAGGCAAAAACCAGAGUGUAUUAUUUUUAAUGAACUUGUUCAAACUAAUAGCAAGUACGUUCGGAAUGUAAGCAGAAUUGACUACCUAUGGUUAACUGAGCUGGCUCCUCAAUAUUAUGCUGUGAAAAAUUAAAUUCUUCAUGGUUUUGCCAAACAGGACAUUUAUCUAUUACAGCAAGAUCAGUGAAAGCUUCAGAAUGUCUAUUUUAUGGAUGUUGCCUAUCGACAUUAUAUAAAUGACAGCAAUUUUAAUGGCUUGUCUUUGCUAUCAUUACUUGUCUAAAACUAUGGAGAUGCGGCUGGAUCCUCCAAUGACAUACACCUCUUACUGAGUUGUUCCUGCUUUAUUUUCUACUACUUGGGUGGUGACUGGUAACGGGUGAGUGAUGGAACCGCAAACCUUGCUGUCGAUGGCUACAUUUGAGGUGGUGGAUUAGCUUGAGCAAAGGAAUUGAGUUAGACCGGUUAACAAAUAUUUUGAGCUGCCUAAUUCUAUCAAACUUAAGGUGCUAGUGGUAUUAUUUCUCUAACUUAUGAGUUCAAUAAUCAGUGUGUAAAGUUAUUUUUUCUAGAUCUGCAUAUUUAUCUAAUCUUGUAUAUUAAUUUUAAGGGUAGAAUAUGUUUUUUGUCUCUAA